CAUAGUAGAUUGGGACUUGAUGACGCUUCUGAGCAUUUUCUCGUUCCAAAGAAUUGUGAAUAUUUGAAUUGAUUCCCCAAUUUCAUUCAAUCUUUCCCUCAUCAGUUUUAGGGUUUCGCCUCGCUUCCCUUUCUCACCCAUAAUUGAGUCUAUAUUUGAUUCAAACUUCUCUCUUUCAACUCUCGGCUUUGCGUUCUCGGCACGAUAAUACUCAUUUUAGGAUUUCAUUUGAUUUUCCUCGGAUCUUUCUGGUCUGGGGUAUCUGCUUGGUAGGACUUCAUUUUUGGAGAGUUUAGUUUAAUGUCUGAAUCAGAAGCUGAGCUUCCUACUGCCUUUGUUGGUGAUGUUCUAUUGUGGAAGAGGUGGCAUGUUUCCUUGGGUGUCAUUGUUGUUGCAACAGUUGCCUGGGUCCUAUUUGAGUGGACCAGUUUACCAUUUUUAACAAUUUGUUCAGAUGUCUUGCUGAUUUUGAUUGUACUGUUGUUUCUGCAUGCUAACUAUGCUUCCCUUAGAAAUAAACAACCACCAACAUUACCUGAACUAGUUGUGUCAGAGGAGAUGGUUAAUAAUGUAGCAGCUUCAUUUCGGGUCAAAAUCAACAAUAUGCUUCUUAUAGCUCAUGACAUCACUAUUGGCAAGGAUUUUAGAAUUUUUUUCAAGGUGGUGAUUUGUCUUUGGCUCUUGUCUGUCAUUGGCAGCGUCUUCUCCUUCUUCACACUCGCAUAUAUUGGAACCCUGAUGAUGAUUACUAUCCCUGCAUUGUACCACAAAUAUGGAGGUUAUGUAGAUAAAUGUUGUGGACUUAUACAUAGCCAAUUUUCAAAACAUUAUAGGAUAGUAGAUGAGAGUGUUUUCAACAGACUGCCACGGAAUAUAUCAAAGGACAAAGAAUCUUGAUUUCCAAGCUUUGUAGUUGAGAUGUUGCUCAAGUCAACUGCCUCGUGGUAACUGCUUUCAUUUCUGGACUUCGAAGAAAGGUUUCAACUUGUGUACAUAGUUUGAGGAUUUUGAUGCCGGAUUUUGGUGAUCAUUUGUUAAAAUCUUCGGGAAAAAGUGAUAGAAGUUGCACCGAUCGAUGACAGACGCAGUCAGCAGUAUUUGAAUAUAUUGUCACUAUUUUUCUUUUAAUGUAAUGCUUCUUACUUACAUGUGCCAGAUAAAUUUUUUAACUGAUUUUAUAAAAUAACUUAUAACGUGUAGUUCUUUUUUAGGUCCUGCCUAAGUUAUUGCCAAAGGCAUUCGGGAGAGAUUGACAUUAUUGGUAUUUUUUAUUCUGAUUGUGUUGGUAUGAGAAAUGUUAAACAUUAGCACUCGUAACACACUUUUUGUAAACACAUUUUUUUUAUUAUAGUGGAUCAGAUUUCUUAUUUAA